CUGUAUGUUUAAGUGAUGGCUCAGUUCUACACAGAGCAGGUAUAAAAAUGUCUUCCCCUGCAAGCAUUCACAUGGCUGUGAAGUAACUAUUCGUGAGUCAUGCAGUUUGUUUUUAAAACACUGUGAAACCCCAUUCCAAUUUCUUUCUUUUCAUCUCACACCUCAUUUUGCUGUCUGAAAUGCCACUUGAAAAAGAACAAGCCCUGUAAAAUGGUGAAAAGAAAGGAAGUGACAGUACUGACAGCUUCCUGAAAACAGAAUAGCUUUGGUAAACCUGGAACCAUCCUAGUGGUUAUAAAACAGCCUGAUGAGAAACUCUGGUCUCAAGUCCUGCAUGUAAGAUCAAAUGUUAUCUCUGUGAAAGCAAGAGUUUGUUUUCUCAAUCUGGAGCUCCUGGUUCCCAGUGUUACAGCCAAGAAGUGGAAAGGAGGCCAAUGCAGUGUCCCCCUUCUUUUCUAAAUCUUUCAUCACAUUUUUUUUUUGCAUGAACUAGAGUACUUGGCCUGUCUUAAUGUGAUCUUGACCAUCGUUAGGCUCCUUGGCCAUUCUGCUACCUAGUGAAAGCACCCUUUUCCUCUUGAGGUCAGCUGCCAUUUGGCAUGGCAGCCGGUGUGCAUGCUAACAGCCUAGGCGGCAGAGGAAGUUUGGAGGAGAGGCACAAGUGCUGUUAGAUGGUUGCUUUCCUUGAGUUGCAAAACCAGUGCAAGUCCUUUAGCAAGAUCAUGAAUUUUGUUGCUGUGGAGGCAAAGCAAAGCCAGGUUCAGUUGGGAAGGCCAGUGAAUAGGGACAACCCAGCAAGGUACCUGGCUGCUUCACCUUGUGUCGGGAGCCCGGAGCUGGGCCGGGGGAGUCCCAGGGCUGGGGGACGACCAGCUGGAGCAGCAGACUUGGGGAGCCCUCCGGCACCUGGCCAGCACCAUCCUGUGCUGCCACUGAUCCUGCCCCUGGGGCAGCUGUGGAGGAGCAGGACCCCAGGCAAGUUGCUCUGUGGUUCAUAGGAGAGGCUGAAGCCUGUGGAGCUCAGCCAGCUGCCAGGCAGCUGCUCCCAGUGCUGCAGUGAGGAUGCAAGAUCCUUUUUUCUGUGUGAGAAAAAAAUAAAAAUAAUAAUAAUAAAAUAAUAAAAAAAGAGGGCUCCUGCUUGGGUGAGGGUUAUUAAUGGACGAAUGUAUAUCCCAGAACCCACAGAGCUCACUGCAGGCUCACAGCUCCCAUAGCGCAGAUCGCCAGCAGAGCUGGCAGAUGAAAAGUCAGUUUCUUUACCACCUGGGAACCAAACUAUCUUUUAGCUCUUCUUCAUCUCCUUUGUUAUUUUCCCACUGUGGUCCUCACUUUCACAUUUGGAGCCUGACUUAGUCACAGUGCCAACAUUACUGCUUACAUCGCGAGGAGGCUUAAAAGUGUGCCAGUGUGAGUUGGGACUUGUAGUUGUGUGUUCCCUUAGCAUUUGCUAUUGGUUAGCAGAAAAAGAGAACAGGAACAGCCCUGGGUUUUGGAUGAAUUAGUGAAUUUAAAUGUGAGAUUUUACAUCUGAUGGAUUUCAGGUUUGCAUACUGUGGAUCACGAUGGCUUGGAUCUGGUGGCUGAAAUGCAACCAUUACCUUUAAGGUGAUGGCCUUUACAAGGUCCACUGGUGCGAUACAAUACACUGUGUAUGAAACAGGAUUGUGUAAUCAGGAAGUAAAAAAAAACAAACCCUAUGGGAACACAACUGUAGUUUCCCAUGCAUUGAUGUGCAGAUUUCUUAUUUGGUAUCUUUACUUACACGAAUCUUUGAAAUCUUGUGUUUUCAUGACUCAUGAGAUAGCACAACACUGAUGUCACAAUCUAUCCAUUGACUAUUUAAAGUGUCACAGUAUGAAGGAGCUGGUCUCUGACAAAGAUUUAGAGUAAAUCUCAUAUAUUAUCCAUUAAUCUUUGUAAAAGGCCUUUGAUAUAAGAUCACCAGAUUGCCAUAGAGCAAUACGAAGUAGUUCUCUUAAUAGUGAACGUGCCAAAUCUGUGACUUCAGUAAUGAAAGCAGUUCUGAAGUAGUCCCAGAUUCAGACACCACGUACUGUUCUGAGUCAUUCCUUCCUUAAGAAGCAUUUGAACUAUGCACCUAGUCAUAUGGCUUGAAUUUUUGGGUAGACCUUUGUGGUGCCAGGAGUUGGACUCAAUGAUCCUUAUGGGUCCCUUCCAACUCGGGAUAUUCUAUGAUUCUGUGAUUCUAUGUGGUGGCCCUUUUUUCUGAGAUAGAGUAGAAAUGUCAUGGCACUGAUUUCUAUCCAUCCACACAUCAUUCCUCAGGAUGCUUCAGAAAACAGGAUAGAAGGAAAAUGGGUAACAUUUUGGUCUGGGAGCACCAUUUAAUGGUUAGAACUUCAUGAAGGCAGAAGGUUAAAAAUGGGAGAAACUCUCCACUGAAUGGGGGAUGGAGUCAGUCAGCUGGGGAGCAUGAAUAACUCAUUUCAUAAGGGGAGGGAGUGGAAAGUAAAAAGGAAAGUCAAACGGCAGAUUAAAAAGGGAAAUUACUGGAUAAUUUAUAUGAACAGCCUAAAUGCCAUAGUUUUGUGUAAGCCUGGCAGUUAGUUGUCCAUAGCAGCCCAAGGAAGCAGAACAGAAAAGCCGAAAUGGCAAAAUCUCAUUUCUGUGAAGGUGGGUGCUUGCUUGAAGUGUGUGCGCAUAUGUGCAUAUAAACAUAUACAAAUGCUGCAGAUUCAAAUGAAAGGCAUAAGGUUUUAAGUUAUAAAUAUGAGUAAAUGGCUCAAUUGCAAGUUGUUAAUCCUGCUACCAUGUAUUUCACAGGGUCUAGGCAGGAGGAGACAUCUGAGACACAUUACACCUAGUGUACACAUGCCUGUAGUGAAGUGAAUUGGUAUGUUUGUUAUCUAACUUCACACUCUGUGGAGUACAGUAUAAACACAUGCACGCUUUUGGAAGGGUGUGAGCGACAGAAGGGAAGCAUGUGUCACUCCACAGAGGUAAAAGUUUGUCUUUCAAAUGUGUGCUAGGCAGAGAUACCAGAGAUCUGGCUUUGGUUAUUGGCUGCGACCCAAAUUUUACUGUGUCACUGUGACCAAAGAAGGGUAUCUCUGCUUUUAACAUGAAGUUCUCUGUCUUUAACAGAAAAGGAUUUCCUUGUCCAAACCUCCUGCAUCCCCGUUGCCUGUUUGUUAUACAUUUCAAGCACAGUAACAAACACAGCAAAGUCCUAUCUCAGCUAACUCAGGCUGGAGCUCCUAUGUGCUGAAAAGGCUGUGGGGCACAUUGCAGGAAGAAAAACUUUGGCAGCCACUGCUGCAGUGAUGUCUUGCAAUCCAGAGAAGAGGCAGUGGAGGUGAAGGAGAGAGGGCAUGAAUAGACCAGGAGUGCCCCCCUUCUGCAGCAGCGAUGUUACACCAUGCCUGGCAGCUCUAUGGGAGGUGGUGCCGCUGGUCCAGCCCUUUCGUCCACCUCCUCACGCUGACUGUAGUGACAUUCGGUGUGCUGGCUCCUUUGAUUUGCCACCGGCUCCUCCACUCGUAUUUUUAUUUGCGGCGCUGGCACCUGAAUCCCAUGAGCCAGGAGUUCCUGAAGCAGAACCAGCAGGAGGGCCAGGCUGCCCUCCAUUACUUUGAGAAGCUGCAGAUACCAAACAUCUCCAAGACCUCUGCCAGCGAGCCCUUCCGGCCCUUGUUGCUGGUCACCAUUAUCACUGUGCAGAGGAGGAAUGAUUUCCACUAUGUCUUGCAGGUGGCCUCCCGCUUCCACCACCUCCUCCAGCAAUGUGGUGCACGCUGCCAGCGCCACCAUGUCCUCCUCUGUAACGUGGAGUCAGACCCCAGCCGCCACCAGGACGUCAGGCUGCUGAGCAGCUUCUUUCCAAUGGUCAGUCGUGACAGAACUGGGGAGGACCCUGAUCCUGCACUGAACCAGUUUGAGAAGGAGAAGCAGGACUACGUCUUCUGCCUUGAGCAGUCGCUCUUGGCGUAUAACCCAGAAUACGUCCUGGUAGUGGAAGAUGACGCUGUGCCAGAGGACGAGAUAUUCCCAGUCUUGCAGCACCUCUUGUUGGCCCGAUUCUCCAAACCGUACCUCAGAGAUGCACUCUACUUCAAGCUCUACCAUCCUGAGAGGCUUCAGCACUAUGUCAACCCCGAGCCCAUGCGAAUCCUCGAGUGGCUGGGCCUGGGCAUGUUUCUGGGGCCUGUGCUGAACUGUGGGUACUCCUGGGCAACUGGUCGCCCAGGCCUGAGCUGGCCCAUCGUCUUGUUCUUUGCUUUGUACAGCAUGGCUUUGUCAGAGCUGGUGGGACGGCACUACUUGCUGGAGCUGCGUCGGCUGGCCCCCACGCUGUAUAACGUCGUGCCCGUCACUGAGUGCUGCACGCCUGCCAUGCUCUUCUCUGCUCCUUCUGCCCAACGUGCCUUAGGUUACCUGAAGGGGCUGCACUGCCGACAGGGUUUUGCGAAGGACAUCGCCCUCUACUCGCUGCUGCGCACGAAGGGGGAGAAUGCCUACGUGGUGGAACCCAACCUGGUCCGGCACGUGGGAAUGUAUUCCAGCCUUCGGCUAAAUGACAACCCCAAACUGCUGUGAUGGGUUCAUGCCUGUUGUGACACAAAGCCCUGAGAGCCUUGCCUCUGGGCUGAGAGGUGCUGUGCAAGCUCAGAUGCUGUGCCACUCACGACAAACAUCAAGUGUCUCCAAGUGGCCAAAGAACACCUCUAUUGCACAAAAAAAAAAAAAAAAAAAUCAUGUACACGGGGACCUUAUUUAAUAUAUAAUUUGAACUAAUCACCGUACACCUUGGGGAAGGAAGUAGAGGCUUUCAGCUGAGGGUGUGGAUUAUCUGCUCUCCAUCAUUCUUAGCAAAAAGCUCUCACAACAGUAUAAACAACUAUACUGCAUACUCUCCACUGGUGACAGAAAUCUUCAACUUAGGGCAGCAGCAAUGUUGGACAAAGUGAAUGUUUCAAAUUCAACCUGGUGAGGAGGAAGAGCCUUUAUUUGUCCAUCCUCACUAAGGACUGACGUGUGACCUUUCUGCUUCAAAGCUGGGUUUUUGAGCAGACCUUUCAGAGGUAGUGUGGUUAUAAUGAGAACUUUCCCUGAAAUUUCACGUAGAUUCCAGAAGUUUUACUAAGCCUCUAUUUCUUACUGUCUUACCCUACAGAUUCUGUCCGUACCUCCACCAUUCCUACUCCUUUUUCUUGGAACAGAGGCUCCUGAAAGUUUAAGUCUCUGCUUCUUUGUUAAAGGUCAACUCUGACGGUAGGAAUAGGAAAACGUAAUGAUAGCCAUUAGUCACAAAUGCACACUCUCAUGGUUACAUUUCCAGAUGUUAUAAAUAAUACAGGGUGACUGACAUGUUGCUUGGUAUCACCGCUAGCUGUAGUGGAUCCAGGUCAUUAAAAGAGGCCUUAUCAGUUGCUGAUUGGACUUAGACAUUCAACAUGAAUUUACCUUGACUUCCUAUCAGCACAAAGUCAAAGGGGAGAUUACAUCAGCUGCCACGGUGCAGGAUCCUUUAUUUCAUUUUGGAGCUAUAAUUCCCAGCUCUGCUCAAAUCGUUCGUUCACUGUUCCUGCCAACAAACAAAAUGUCCAUAAGCAGCAAAGCUGGCUGCUCCUAAAACCAAGCAACAGUACCACAAUGGAUCAGGGUGCCACUCUGACACCAACCCACUAACUUACUGUGAUUGUUGGGCAUUCAGGAUGGGUAUUUUGUACCCCAGCUGUGAGCACAGUUAAAUAUAAAACUGUGGGGGUGGCAGAAAUCUCAUAAAAGAUCAAAACUGUCACUUUAAUGUUUCUGUCUGAAAAUAACACACCUGGACUUCAGUGAGCUUUGAAUCAAAUUCACUUACUGGUGGAGUUCAGUUGAACUAUAUUUGAAACCAUCUUCCUAGAUUCAGAAGGAGGUACAAUAUUUUCACGGAGUUUUGAUGGGAUUAUUUGUGUUAAGUAUUGUUUGUUUCUUUAUUUUUGGUGAAGGAAGAGCUCUACUUUGAAUUUUACUUCCCCCAGUGUCUCUUGGGUGAGUUAAGCCUUUAGCUUUUAACAAGUCUCGUUGAAGGUUGGAAAGGCAUACAGCUCCUGAAAGAUGAAACUAAAGAAAAUAUUUGCAGACCUCCAGCCGUCAGUCCACGACGGGUGCUGAGCACACAAAACACGUGCAUAAUGCAAGCUAGCCAGUGAGGAACGGCCUCACCGCCCUGAGCAGUGCGUGCUCAGGCACGUGAACUUUGCUGUCUCAGUAGAUCAGCUGGGACACUUUGAUGACAUCUUUGGAAAUCAGACGGGAGUAAGGGUUGCUUGUGGAUUUCAUGUCAUUCCAAUGGCAAAACAUUUCUUCUGUCAGAAGGCGAAGGAAAAAUUGCACAGGCAGAACUAAGCCAUUAAUCUUUACGCACUGAAAACCCCAAAGAUAUCAAAGCGGUCACACAGAACCACCAGCGGCAGGUGGGCAAACCUGUUCUCAGGCUUCUCGAUAACAUGGCAGGAUUUGAUGGCAGGAUUUGAGUGUCACUGUCUAUUUAUUCCACUAAGUGCCUGCACCUGCAAAUACAAGUUGUUUGCUUAUGCUCCUUCAGCUGUGAAUGUUUCAGUGUGCUGUGCUUUGUCUUCACUCUUUUUUUAUCUUUGUACUGUACAAAUCCAGAACAAUGCCCUGUUUUUUUUGUGAGGGCCCACUUGUUAUCACAAUGAAAAUCUCACAGUAAGGUACAGUAAGUGGGAUAGGGAAAGGAAAAAGAAGGGAAGGAAAAGGAAGAAAGGAACAUUAGAACAGAAACCAAGUGACUAUAUGGAGUUAAUAAAUGUUUUGAUGUGGGAAAUGAUUAAUCUGUUUGUCUUCAUGUUAUUAUUUUUUUAUUUUUUUUUUCCAGUAAUACAUAAUCUGUCCUCCAGAAGUCAAUAACUUCACCGAGCCUCAAAUCUGAAAAUUGAGAACAUGAACUUGAGGAAUCCCUUCUAAAUUAGGAAACAAUUUUCAGGGCAAAAGAGCCAUGGGAAGUUGGCUAGGAAAAACAUUUGCAAACAACAUUUAGAGGGGCUACAGCUUUACCUUGCCAAUGAGAGAGUUCCUGAUAAGCCUAUCAUCAGGAAAGAGACCCCUUCUGCAAGGAAUGGGCUAACAGACUUUUCUGGUCUUUCUGAAGUUAUUACCUUAAGUACUCAAUUCACCUUUAAAACAGAGGUGGGUCUUCUCACUGAGCCAGAUGGGAGCUUCUUCCGAGUCAUUCAGGUACUUAGUGCCCACCAUGAUAUGGUGACAGCUUGGACAAACAUGCUCUCUGCUGCUUCUGAGCUCUGCAAAGUGUAUAUAUAGUUUUUUUGUUAAUGUUUUCUUUGCUACACGUUUUAUUAAAAAUGACAAGCCAGAGAAUUAUCCUUUGCCCUUGGAACAAAAAUGGGUGGUUAGUUAUUAAUGUGGUUUUGUUCCAUGGUUUGGGCUACAAAUUCAAUUUUGGCUACACAUGCAGUUUCAAACACACAAAUCUUUUACCUCUCUUUAGCAUUAAGAGAGUGGAGCUGAGCUACCAUAUCUCACGCUAUGUUAAGUUCAAGGGUUCAUGGCUAGCAUAAACUCCUUGAAACACAGCCUUGAGAUUGUUCUUACAUUCAAAAAAAAAUCAGGCUGACAAUUCUGAGACUAUUUUUCAAUGCAGCAGCUAUUGUUUGCACAAGAGGAUUCUUGCUUGACAGGACAGACAGCAGUACUCAAAACGCAGGGAAAAUUAUUCAAUUAAACAAAAAAACUACCUCUGUUUCCAAAGCAUAUCCAACAUAAGCAUGAUUCCAGGCAGAACAUAAAGCAUAAAUUGGUAGGUCUUUCUUACACUAGAAGCACAAGCAGAUUUUCUAACUAUAACAGAUAUCAAAAUGUUACUGAGAAGGCACUAAAUUGAAGAGAGAAGGAAAAAUACUUCCUCUCAGUUGUGAGGAAUUGUGAAUAGCCAGACUGGAUAUUUCAAGAACAGUAUAUCUGGAUGCAGGGUGUUUUUGUUUAAAAUCUAGGGUUUUUUUCUAAAGAUAUUUGCAAGCAAACUUUCUACAAAAUAAACAAUGUUUCUCUUAAAAC